AUGUCUCUUAAUAUUCCCGAUGCAAUGCAGAAAGACUUCACUGUCACAGAGCGCUCUGCCCAUUCGAGCAGUUCUAGCAGCCCUACCCUUUCACCUUCCCCUACAUUAUCUGGCCAAGAUGAGAAACAAUUUUCAACUUGCUCUUCAGCUUCUUCAAUCACACUUAAAGGCGAAAGCCAAGUCCCUGAGCAACCACAAUACCAUGUCUUCCCUCGAUCCCGCAAAUUGCUGAUGGUCUGCAUUGUUUCUCUCGCCGCCAUCUUCUCCCCAUUAUCUUCCAACAUUUACUUCCCUGCCCUUGGCACUAUAUCAAAGGAACUUGAUGUGUCCAUGUCUCUUACUACUUUGACUGUCACUGUAUACAUGAUUGUUCAAGGUCUUGCCCCUAGCUUCUGGGGUUCUUUCUCUGAUACAAUCGGUCGUCGUGGAAUUUUCAUUGGAACAUUUAUUGUUUACAUGAUUGCAAACAUUGCCUUAGCUGUAUCCGAUAACUACGCUGAGCUGAUGGUCUUCCGAGCCCUCCAAGCUGCUGGCAGUGCCGCAACAAUUUCCAUUGGCGCAGGUGUCAUUGGAGAUAUCACUACAUCUGCUGAGCGAGGAAGUUUAAUAGGAAUCUUUGGAGGAGUUCGCAUGCUGGGCCAGGGUGUUGGUCCCGUCUUCGGCGGAAUCUUAUCUCAAUACCUAGGCUAUCGAUCUAUCUUCUGGUUCCUCACGAUCGUCGCGAGUAUCAGUCUCCUGUCGAUUCUGUGCUUCCUCCCCGAAACACUUCGUGCCGUUGCUGGCAAUGGCACCGUCCCCCUUCAUGGCCUCUACAAGCCCUGGGUUUACAACGUCACCGGCCAGCCAUUUGUCCAAGAAGACGCAAAGCCAAGCGGCACCAAGAAAGAAGUUACCUGGAAGACUGUCCUGGCGCCCCUGACCUUCCUCGGUGAGAAGGAUGUCUUCAUUACCCUCUUCUUCGGUGCAAUUGUCUACACUGUCUGGUCAAUGAUUACUUCAUCUACCUCUCAAUUGUUCGAAGAGACAUACGGUCUCAACACUAUGGAAGUUGGUCUGACUUUCCUUGGUAACGGAUUCGGAUGCAUGUCCGGUUCUUACACUAUCGGUUACCUCAUGGACUACAAUCACAAGCGCACAGAGCGCGACUACUGUCGCCAGAACAACCUUCCACUCGACACCCGCAUCACAACCAAGACACACGCCGACUUCCCUAUUGAGUACGCCCGCAUGCGAAACACAUGGUGGAUCACGGCGCUAUUCAUCGUUGCUACUGCAUUGUACGGUGUCUCUUUGAAGACCCAUCUCGCUGUUCCCAUUAUCCUGCAGUACAUUACUGCAUACUGUGCCACGGCUAUCUUCACUAUCAACAGUGCUUUGGUCAUUGAUCUAUACCCCGGUGCUAGUGCCAGUGCGACAGCAGUGAACAAUCUGAUGCGCUGCUUGAUCGGAGCUGGCGGUGUUGCACUCAUUACACCUAUCAUCAACGCUGUUGGAUCUCUUUGGACCUUUGUUCUGCUCGCAGGCGUCACAUUGGCUAUGGUUCCACUAUUGAUGGUUGAGAUGAAAUGGGGCGCUGGAUGGCGCAUGAAGCGCAAUGAACGCCUCAAGGCAAAGGCUGACCAGGCUGUUCAGGAAGCUUAG